AUGGAUCGGCGCCAUAUGUCAGCCGGUGGCGAUACAUCUCAGCUGAAGCGUACCCCUACUUAUCUCCCCGAUUACAUCUUUUGGACCCGAGAGAUCCAGGCCACAUUCGGCUCAGUGACAAACUUCCUCGUAAAGACACGGUUACACUGGGGAAAGGAAGCCAACCAUGCCGACAUCCGUAUCCCCUACCGCCACUACUCGGUUCCCUUCGCCGACCAGUCUGAUUAUCGCAUUCUACGCAACGACUGGCCCUACGCCAUGCCAUCGGGCAUGGUUCACCUCGUUGUGUGGCUGAAGACGCCUAUACCUGUAGACGCAGAAGGUGACCCGACUACUGAAUCCCGCCGGCUAGUUGCGGAUUUUAUCGACAGAACGUUUUGGAUGCACAUGAGCUGA